GAAAUCGCAAUAUGGACUACGCAACGAGAAUAAAUAAAUCCGGGCAACAUGGCUUCCAUAGCGUGUCAUGCUACUCAAUCACCGAUCAGCUCGAUCUUCUCCAUAAGCAACAAUGGAUUCUCUUAUCCGCAACAGCACAGCUGGACAAUUGCUGCGAUGGGUCACAAGGAACAAAAUCCUACUCUACCCUGAGGAACGUCCCGACUUCCAAUGCCCAAACUGCUAUGCAGGAAAUGCUUCGAGUGCGGCCAUCUUCGAAGCCGAUGAGGAGAAAGACUCGAGUUCCGAAACCGACGCAGAUGCACGGCAAUCCGAUGAUGCUUCUACAUCCGAAACCGCUACCAACUUGAGCCGGGUGCCGUCAAUGACAGACCUUGAGAAGGUCCGCACUCAAGAUGAUCUCGCUCGCCUGUAUUCCAUUGCUACGCAGACCGAGGCACUGCAGGCGGCCCCCAGCCGGUCGAUAGCGCCCACGAAAACCGACGAUGGCACCAUCCUGGUGGACUGGUAUACGACGCAUGAUCCAGAGAACCCGCAGAACUGGUCAUCCGGCAAGAAGCUGUUCGUCGUGACGCAGAUCUACCUCUACACAUUUGCCGUCUACAUGGGCUCGUCAAUCUAUACGCCUAGCGCUCCGGAGAUUCAGACUCGGUUCGGCGUUUCGGCAACUGCCGCCUCUCUGGGGCUGGCGCUUUACGUCCUGGGGUACGGGAUCGGGCCGUUGAUCUUCUCUCCGAUCAGCGAGAUCCCUCGCGUGGGACGGAACCCUCCAUAUAUCAUCACGUUCGCCCUGUUCGUCAUGUUCACUAUCGGCGCUGCCGUGGUCAACACAUUCGGAGGUCUUCUCGUGCUUCGAUUCCUGCAGGGCUUCUUUGGCAGUCCAUGUCUGGCAACUGGGGGCGCCAGCAUUGGCGACGUGUACAGUCUCCUGAAACUGCCCUAUGGGCUCACUACUUGGGCGGCUUUUGCAACCCUGGGUCCCGCUCUGGGUCCUCUGAUCUCGGGCUUCAGCGUUCCCGUGAUGGGCUGGCGGUGGUCUCUAUGGGAGACUGUCUGGCUCUCGGCUCCGAUCCUCAUCCUAAUGUUCUUCUGCUUGCCUGAAACCUUCCCGGAUGCGAUUCUACUGCAGCGCGCGCGCCGCCUGCGCCGAUUGACGGAUAACGACAAACUACGCUCGCAGUCUGAAAUCAAGCAAAAGCAAUUGACCGUCACCGCUGUGGCGAUGGAAGCGCUGUACCGACCGUUUCAGAUCAUCUUCCUUGACCCGGCCAUCCUCUUCUUCAACGUCUACACCAGUCUGAUCUACGGAAUCUACUACUCCUUCUUCGAGGUCUUCCCAAUCGUGUACAUUGACAUCUACCACUUCAACCUCGGCGAGAUGGGCCUCGUGUUUCUGAGCAUUGCCGUGGCGCUCGCCAUCGCCGUCCCGCUCUACUUCUGGUACCUGUAUCGAGUGUUUGAGCCCGAGAUCCGUGCCCGCGGCCCUGGUGCCCCGGAACGCCGACUCAUUCCCGCCCUGUUCGCUUCCUUCCUUCCGCCGAUCGGGCUGUUCAUCUUCGGCUGGACCUCGCGCGGCUCGAUCCACUGGAUCGUCUCGGUGGUUGGGAUUCUGCUGUACACGAUUGGGAUCUUCACUCUGAUCCAGUGUAUCUUCAUCUACAUCCCGAUGACGUACCCGCAAUACGCGGCGAGUCUCUUCGCGGGGAAUGACUUUAUGCGCAGUGCGCUGGCUUGUGGCGCCGUGCUGUUUGCAGGCCCGUUGUACCGGAAUCUUGGGGUGGGACCCGGGUUAAUCAAUGGUAUGGUUUAUGACUAA